AUGCCACGUUUCAAGACUAUUUUGGUGACUGGUGGUGCUGGUUACAUCGGUAGCCACUGCGUAGUGGAUCUAUUACAGGCCGGACAUGAUGUCGUAGCCAUAGAUAACUUUGCCAAUGCCGUGGGAGACGAGGAUGGAUCCCCUGCUCUCGAGAGAGCAGAACAAAUCACUGGCAAGAAGAUUGUAUUCUACAAGGCAGACCUGUUGGACAAACCGCAGAUUAAUGAAAUCUUUGAUAAGCAUAAGAUAGACUGCGUCAUCCACUUUGCUGCCCUAAAAGCCGUUGGGGAAUCCAUGCAACAACCCUUGUUAUACUACCAGAACAACCUGCUCGGCAUGCUCAACUUAUUAGAGGUAAUGCGAUCUCACGACUGUUAUCAGAUGGUAUUCUCGUCUUCGUGUACAGUGUACGGGGAACCUGAAAAUUUACCUAUCACCGAAGCACAUCCGACUGGUAACAUUACCAAUGUCUACGGAAGGACUAAGUACUUCAUCGAGGAGAUGCUCAAAGACCUCAGUGUAGCUGAAAAGAAAUGGAAUAUAAUUUCUCUGCGUUACUUCAACCCGGUGGGUGCUCAUCCUUCGGGCCUGAUCGGCGAGGACCCAACCAAAGAGUUCACCAAUCUGAUGCCCUUUAUGGCGCAGGUGGCACUGGGUAAAAAACCCGUGCUGACUGUUUUCGGCAAUGAUUAUAAUACUCCUGAUGGGACUGGUAUUCGAGACUACAUUCACGUUAUGGACCUCGCAAGUGGUCACGUUGCUGCUUUGAACUUGCUCAGCAGUAACCAGGUUGGACUCAAGGUAUUCAAUCUUGGUACGGGGAGAGGGGUUUCCGUCAAAGAGUUAGUAGAUGUAUUUGAACGUGUUACUAGCACUAAGAUACCGCUAAAGUACGUUGAGCGAAGACUCGGAGAUAUUACAGCUAUGUGGGCAGAUGCGACACUAGCUAAGGACCAGCUCGGAUGGACCACUAAGUACACCAUUGAGGAGAUGUGUACAGACUUCUGGCGAUGGCAGACGAUGAACCCUGACGGGUACCCUAAGAAGUGCAAGAAGACCAGCGUCAUCGUAAAUGGGAACAGUUAA